GCAUGAAAUUAAACUUUAAACAGAAACACUGCAGUUUUUACAUAAAUGUCUUUUGUCUUAGGUCUUCAAUCUUGCAGGCAUGUCUUUUAUAGUGGCAAUUAUCCGCCACUGCAGACCUUAUUAGAUAAUAUGUUCUGCAGGAGGCGAGAGUCAGUUAGAAUAUUUACAUGUUACCCUUAGAUACGGAGCUAGUGGGACAUUCCUCUUGUUGACAUGGUGAAAAUAUAUAGGAACACAUGCAAACAAGUCUGCCCUUUCAUGAAGCUACUUUCAAUAUACUGCCAUAUCACUGUGUGACCCAUGUGGCUCUGCAUGAGACUGAGAAAAGGAACUGGGUUGCGGCCUCAUCAGUGUCAGUGUGACAGUGAUGCAGAGACAGAGGGGAUCAGUUCAUUAGAUGAUUAAGUAUCAAUUUAAGAUCUUCGUUCCUCGCCUUCCUCGCAUCCUCUGACGACCUCCUUCUCUGAUACGGCCGUCAUGGAGGUUUUAUACAUGAACUCCUCCGUGCUCUCUGUCUCUCACAGACCCCUCAACGACACCAGUGGCCUGAAGACGGUGUACGAGGAUUGCAAAGACAUGCCUGCAGUUCUCAUUUGGUACCUGGGCCUGCAGUUCAUUAACAUGUUCCUGGGCAUCCCAGCCAACUUCAUGGUGCUGUGGCUCAUCCAUACCAACAAGGGUGACUCUUCCACCUCAGAUAUCUUCAUCCUUCAUCUGGCGAUUUUAGACAUACUCUUCUGUCUCAUCCCUCCCCUUGAGCUGGCCAACAUAGUCUUCCUCAACAACAGCAGCAUCUGGUAUGUCCUCCGCUUUUUCUACGGCAUGAAAGACUCCUCGCCUCUCCUCCUCUCCUGCAUCUGCUUAGACCGCUACAUGGCCGUGGUCCACCCCAUCACCUUCACCAAGUUCAAGGACCGUCAACACCGAGCGGUCCUGGCCUUCGUAGUCUGGCUGAUCACUCUGGCCUACGCUGCUGCUAAAUGCGUAGGCAACAUUGUCAACUUUGAGAAGGUCUUCACAGGGAUGAUCCUCGCAGCUUUCGCCUUCAUGGUGUUCUGCAACAUUGCGAUCCUGUGGGUGCUGAGGCAGUCCGGGCCCGGCAGAGACGAGAUGCAUCCUGUGAAGAAGAGAGCCUUCAAGAUGGUCCUCAUUAUCCUGGCCAUCAUAGUGUUCAACUACUUCCCACCUGUCGCACUGUUCCCCUUCCAGGACUACUUCUCUUCUAACGUGUUUAAAUGCUAUAUUCACUAUGUCGCAUUUGGCCUGAUGGACUUCAGCAGCAGCAUUCAACCGAUGCUCUAUCUGUCCAAAGAAAAGAUGGCAUGCAACCUCAACUGCUGCCAGAGCGGCGCGACCCGGAUCCAAUAGGGAUACGUGUGUUCCAAAGGUUUUCACAUGAAUGUACUGUUGUUGUGAAAUAUAGGAGAAUAUAUUAUGUUCUUGCUUGAUCUGAUGUUCAAAUCGAUUAUUAAAACGAUUUAUUGUGCACUGGUUCCCAACCUGGGGUUAGGGUCCCCCAAGGAUGACUCUGAAGAUGAACUUUCUUGCCUGUUCUGAGGCAGACCUGAAAGAAUGAAUAGCUUAUUGUUUAGAUUUAUAGAUUUUUUUUAAAAUCCCUAUGCAGAAAGAAUUUCUUUUAAGGCGUUUGACAUUUUGGGAAAUUGGGUUAUUUAUUUCUGGCAGUUAGAUAGAAAACUGAUAUUUGCCUUUUAAAGGUCCAGAUUUAGUGGCAUCAAGCAGUGUAGUUGCAGAUCGCAACUUCCUUCCUUCAUCCUCCGAAGAAAGGAGAAACUUUGCAAAAUGUGUGAAAAAUGCAUAAUAAAUAAUAAUAUAAAACGCUACAAAACAUAUAAAAGAUAUAAAAGGUAACAAAAAAACAAUCAUUCUUAUUUUCAGGUGAUUAUACAAACAUACCUAUGAAUAUUAUAUUCUAAUUCUGCCAAUAAAUCCUCCUAAAUGUUACACACUGGACCUUUAAAUAUAAACAUACUGCAUGCAGGAAGUUAGCUUAGCUUAGCACAAAGACUGGAAACAGCUACUCUGGAUCUGUUAAAUGGAAACAAAAUCUGUCUGCCAGCGUCUCUAAAGCUCGCUGAGAGUGGUAUUGGUAUUGUCAUCCAACUCAAUGCCAGAAAACAAACAAGCCAAUUUCCCCAAACUAUUCCUUUAAAGGGUCGGUUCACCAAUAUUACAAAAACAAACCCACAUACCUCCAGUGGUAUGCCGCCAUGCAAAUAGCUUGGGUUGUAUACGUUUGUCAUGGUAUAGAGAUACAAGAGAUGACAUGAUUAAUCAAUUAAACAUUAGCUGACCCAUGAAAAAAUGUAUUAUUAACAUUGUUUAUUCUGAUUCUGAUUAAGCAUUAAAUAAAUUUACCAGGUUCCAGCCUUUUAAGUGUGAGGAUACUUUUGUUUUUCAAUCAUAACAACAUCAGCAUCAUAACUUGAAGAAGACACGUUGGGCUCUGGGUAUAUGAUCAUGAAAAUAAUUAUUUGGUAUCUAAGAGAUAACAAAUUCAGAGUGACAAGGACGUUUUAAUUUGUUACAUGUAAUUGUUCAGUGUUUUGAACACCACAAAAUUUCCAUUCACCUCCAUUGUAUUAUGGAAAUCUCAGUUAUUUCUAUACCGUUUUGUAUUUGCUUUUCUGGUUGCACUAAAUAUAUAUAAAAAAAGAACUCACAGAACGUAUUUGCACUUUGUACUUUAGUGAACAUAAACCAUAAAGUUUUUCAUUUGAAAUAAAAUAUACACAUUGUGACGCUCCCCUCAUCA